UCAGUUUGUGUUACAGAUAAACAAAUGAAGGCAGACUUUGCCCUCAGCCUGUUAAAAUCCAGACGGACAGCUACCCUCAGCAGAUCACUGGUCCAUCUACCAGAGCGAUUCCAGGUCCUCAGAGUUGAAACAUGAGUGCCUUCGCGACACUCUCGUCAGGGCAGAGGAUGCCCUUGGUAGGACUCGGCACAUGGAAGAGCGCUCCAGGACAAGUGAAGCAGGCAGUGCUGGCAGCUUUAGACUGUGGGUACAGACAUAUUGACUGUGCUGCUGCAUACAGCAAUGAACAGGAGGUGGGAGAGGCUCUGGCUGUCAGGGUUGGUCCUGGGAAGGCUCUGCAUCGUGAGGAUGUGUUUGUAACAUCCAAACUGUGGAACACCAAACACGACCCAGAGGAUGUUGAGGAAGCAUGCAGGACCAGUCUGGCCCACCUGGGUCUCUCCUAUUUGGACCUGUACCUUAUGCACUGGCCCAUGGCAUUUCAGCGGGGGAAGGAGCUGAUGCCUCGGCGGGAAGAUGGAAGUAUUUGUUACUCUGACACACACUACAGAGAUACUUGGAGAGCCAUGGAGAGCCUUGUGGACAAAGGUCUGGUCAAAGCUAUAGGACUGUCCAACUUCAACGCCAGGCAGACUGAUGACAUCAUCAGCAUGGCCAGACACACACCUGUGGUGAACCAGGUGGAAUGCCAUCCUUAUUUGUCUCAAGCAGAUCUCCUGUCUCACUGUCGGUCAGUGGCAGUUUGUGUGACAGCCUACAGUCCUCUGGGCAGCGGGGACAGACCCUGGGCCUCUCCUGAUGAACCAAGUCUGCUACAGGAUCUUCGACUGGAAGCUAUCGCCCAGAGAUACCAGAAAACACCUGCCCAGGUCAUACUUAGGUGGCAUGUGCAGAGGGGAGUCGUGUGUAUCCCUAAAAGUGUGACGCCCUCCAGGAUCCAGCAGAACUUGCAGGUGUUUGAAUUUUCCCUGUCAGAAGAGGACAUGAAGCUGAUUGAAUGCUUCAACCGCAACGAGCGCUUCAUCGUCCCAACAGUCAAGAGGGAUGGCAAGAGAGUGUGGAGAGAUGCAGAACAUCCUCAUUUCCCCUUCCAUGAUCCUUACUGAGUCUACACACCAGGAAUACAAUAUUGUGCUUUUAAAAAGAGGAUUGUCACAAACACUGAAGAAACCAAAUUUCUAAGCUCCAAUGUGAUCAAAAUUUAUGUUCCUUUUAGGAUGAAUGGCAUUCAUUUAAUAAUAAUAAUAAAGUGACUGAAUUUGUCAAGAAAUUUGCUUAAAACAUGUUUGUCCAGUCACUUCACUGAGAUUGCAGUGAAGAGGGAAAAAAUAAAUAAAUAAGACUGUCAACUGCCGUCACUUUUCAUCAUUGGCAGAGCGACACUAUGUGGUCAGUAACAGAACUGCCUCUCAAUGUCAGUAGCUUUGAUCACAAGAGUGAACAAUCUUUCAAGGGUAAAUCCUGCAAGGGUAAAUCCUCACUGAAUGCACUGCAGAAGCACUGCUCUCAGAGCUUCCAAUCAAGUUGCACUUCUGAACACAACUCAACAAUGAAUCAUGCUUGAAAGACCUUUUCAGUGUCAGGUGUAAUAAAAUACAUAAUUAUUGUGAAAAUUCCAGCCAAGAAACAUCGUUGCAUUUCAUCUCUGUCCCUCUACAUGUGUCUUGUCUUUAACAAAAACAAACAAAUGUAGACCAUUACUAUAUACACAGUACGUCUACAACACUAUGAAAUCUCAAACUUUCUCCAAUAAAGUUAUUUUCCCCAUGUUAAUUUUCUAUACACCUAAAAUGCACUUAACAGAGGAUUACAGAUACAGAGUUAAUGUACAUUCAAGGUAUCAAUAAAUAAGUUUCACAGACGCAGAUAACACUUCCAUUUCGUGAGAUUUUAUUUUCAACAACAUAACCUUGACAAAUUUGUAAUACAUUAUAUGCUACUGUUUAUUUAAAAAAAAAAAAAGGAAGUAAUUAGCAAUGUUUUUUUUCCUUUCGUAUAGUCUAGCAUAGAAUCCCACUCACUAAAG